AUGCUCUCCCUCAGGCAUCUCCUCUCUUCUGUGCACUUGACUGUCGUACUAGCUGUGGUUAUCAUGGGCGUUAUCAGCGGUGUAAUGGGGAUUCCUCAGCCCCCCUCGGAAGCUGCGCAGAGGCAGAAGGCCUCAGACCUAAUCCGCGCUGCUGAAACUGGCGAACUCGAGAUCGUACCAGGCCCCGGCCUCCCCUCACUCGCCUCCCUCAACCUCACCUCGCGCGAUCUCGUCGUUCGCGCCCUCGAGCGCCUCGAGCGUUUCAAGCUCGAACUCGCUGAAGAAGACGACAACUCGAACGCGCUCACCAAGCGGUAUAACCCCACCUGUGACUAUUGGGGUGUCAGCCUCAAUAUCGAUUACGCGUGGUUCUGCUACGAGUAUUUGCACUCCAUUGGGAGCACUACGUGCGCUGUUCCGUCUUGGGGAUCGCGGUUUUGUCAUACCGUCUCUGGGUCCGGCGACGUUGCGUGGUCGGGGAGUGUGAAUGGGGUGUCCUACACCCAGUCAAGUUGUGCUGACGUUGCGAACGGAGGUGUAUGGGUGCUCAAUAACUGCCACUAUUAUAUCAUUGGUACCGCUGGAUGGUAUUAUCAAAUGCAAGGGACCAAUGCUGCAUGGGGGAACGAGAACCUUAUCGUUUCGGUUCAUGAGAUGUGA